AUGUGGGAUAUGCGCGAAGAGGAGCGAGAGCCUUGGGCCCAGGAUUUUGCGGAAAUUCUCCUGAGUGAGCGCCAUGUGGUCAUUGCCAUGAGCGUUCUCACGGCACGUAUCAUCCAUUGGCAGUUCGCUGUGCGAAUCCCUGCGCUGCGAUUUCUGGGUUUGCACACGGGCGCACUAUACGCGCCCAUCCGCCAGCACUCCGUUUUGGUGAGCCGCUUCGGCACCAGCGGUGCACUGUCGGAGUGCAUCUUCGACAGCUUUGCGGCGCAGAAUGAGUGGUUCACGCUUCGCUUCGUCCAGAUGGAGUCCGUACUCUUCGAAGAACAUUUGGCUCCAUCCAUGAGACUCAAUGUGCUCGCCCAUCAUAUGGAGAUGACCUUGACUGAAGAAGAGUUGACAGCAGAACCCUACAGCCAGGGUCACCUCUUUGGGGACGACGUGUCGGAGGCGGAUCGCAGCAGUCGGGUCCAGCAGCUGAACGCCAUCGAUGGCAUCCUGCCAGGUGGCCUGAAAGGAUAUCUGCAACGCGCUCGAAGCUUGCUGAAAGAUGCGCAAGCUGGAACCAAUCCCUUUGCUGGUUUGACGCCUCAAGUUCCAGACGGAGCGAAUCUCUCUGGCUCCUGUGGUCCUGGAAGUGAAACCUUCGCGGAAAUGGAACGGCUGGGAAUGAAAGAGCUUUCAGGCUGUGCCUUCUGCCUGGUGGCCGGUGGACUCGGAGAACGCCUGGGCUUCCCGGGCAUCAAGAUUGGAAUCGUUUCGGACGUCAUUACUGAGAUGACAUUCAUCCAGCUGUAUUGUUCAUUUAUCUUGGCAUGCCAGAAAUAUGCGCGCAAGGAAAGCGGCAAAUCCGACUUGUUGCUGCCAUUUGCUAUCAUGACUUCUGGUGACACCCAUCAGCAUACCGUGGAGCUCAUGGCAAAGAAUGAAUUCUAUGGUCUAAAUCCAGCACAAGUGAAUAUCGUGAAGCAGGAGAAGGUUCCGGCCCUGCUCGACGUGGAUGCGCGCAUCGCGGCCAAGGAGGGUUUCAUCGAGACCAAACCCCACGGACACGGUGACGUGCAUGGGGUGCUGCAUCAACAUGGACUGUCCAAGCGGUGGGCACGUGAGGGUCGCAAGUGGUUGUUUGUGUUUCAAGAUACAAACCCCUUGAGCUUUCGAAUCUUAUGUGCCACCUUGGGCGUUUCCGCCAAGAAUUCCUAUGUCAUGAACAGUGUGGCCAUCCCUCGAAUACCGGGGGAAUCCAUCGGCGGCAUCUGCAGAUUGCUGGACGACAAGGGCUCCAGCCUGACUCUCAAUGUGGAGUACAACCAGCUGGAUCCUCUGUUGAAAGAGACUCCCUCAGGUGGUGACGUGGCGGAUGCUUCGGGCUUCAGCCCGUAUCCCGGGAACAUCAACAUCCUCCUUUUCAGCUUGCCGCGCUACGCGGAGCGCCUGGAUGAGACCUCUGGGGUCGUGCCGGAGUUCGUGAACCCCAAAUGGGCCGACUUUGCGAAGACGAAGCUGAAGUCCUCCACCCGUUUGGAAAGUUUGAUGCAGGAUUUUCCACGACUUUGCAAAGAGGAAGACAAGGUCGGCAUGACGCAAUUCGAUCGCUGGAUUGCAAAGACGAGUGUGAAGAACAAUUUGGAGGAUGCCAGAAAAAAAGUCCCGCCUGAAUGCGCUUUAUCAGCAGAAGCCGACCUCUACGCAUGCAACGCGAGACUUCUCCAGCUCUGCGGAGAUGUGACCAUUGCAGCUCCAGAAGAGGUGACCUUCUUGGGCAUCACGGCCGAGCUGGGACCCCAGAUUGUCAUCAACCCGUCCUUUGCCAUUUCGUUGGAAGAGUUGAAGAGCAAGAUUCGAGGGAAGAUUUCAAUCUCCAAAGGCUCCACUUUGGUCCUAGAGGGUGACGUCACCGUGGAUGGUCUGGAACUCAACGGUGCCUUGUGCAUUUCUGGCUCUGGAACUCUGACAGGACGCCGCGUGGAGAACUCGGGCGUCCGGCUGCGGUCCAUUGAGGCGGCAGAGCUGCCCAAGGUGUCUCCAUCGCUGCAGAUCCGAGGGUACAAGAAAGAAAUCUUGGAGAUGGAAGAGAUCAAGUUAUGGUCUCCAAAAACUGUCCGGACGUCUCGACGUCCUCGCCGACGUACCAUCAGCUACCGCCGUGACGAGAACAUGGUCCAGACGCGCUCGGAGGUCUUCGAAAAUGCCAAGACCUGGAGAGAACACCGCAACGAGAUCAAGGUACCACAGAUGCCCUACAAGACCCUGGCCUCCCAUCGUGCAGCCGUGUGCUUGCCCUAUGACACCACCAUCUUCCUUUUCAACGAGUUGUAUUCGGCCAACAUGCCCAUCUUCGUUCCGAAGGAUCUCUGGCGUUGGCUCAUCGGUCCCCACACGUCGCCUCACAUGGAGUACCUCCACGACCAUCCCGGGGUGAAAGAUGCAACCGAUGCAACCUAUGCCGUCCCGGAGUCCUCUCCAUUCUUCGCAUCGAUCCACCAGCCGAUGGGUGUCGAGCAAGGUUUGGAUUGGUCCUCCUAUAGCGACUGGGCGCUGCUGCCGUAUCUCUUCUACUUCCAGGGCGUCCCCGAACUCUUUCUGCAGCUCAUGGACUUUGAGGCCCUCCUCUCGGCCUCCGCCAAGAUGAAGUCCUUCAACGAUGAGGAGCUCGUGGCCUCCGUGGAAAAUUGGCGGAAGGUGGCAUGGAGGCUUCUAGCGGCAGUGGAGAAUGCGGAAGGUGCAUGGGCGGUGGCGCCCUGGCUCAACAGGAUGAUUGAUCAAGAUGAUGACUUUAUCAUCACUGGCGAUCCCAGUAGCCCUGAGGAUGCCAACUUUGACCGACAGGUGGAAGCAUUGCAGGAAGCGGUGUUGGAUGACUCCUUCCAGGAGCUCUUGAACGGCUUCUGCCGAGAGCAUUGCCACCACUUCGAGGACACCGAGGAGAACAAAUUCAUCUACACUGAUUUGUUCAAUCAAUACUCAGCUCUCAUUGAGGGACACCUCGAAGAGCAGAUGACCGCAGCCAUUCCGGGCUUCACCAUGAGCGGCUUCCUAGAAGAGCUCUCCACUCGAGGUGAAGAUGAAAUUGAUUGUGCGGUUCUGGAGCUGUUGAUCUCCCUCACGGACUUCCUGUCCUUCAAGCAGCAGAUGUUGCUGGUGAAGGAGGGAGAUCCCGGGUUGAGCUUGUCUGGAACGGCUCCGAUUCAAGAAGGCGCCACCGAACGACCGGACUUGGAUGGGCUGCUGACGGUGACGCCGGCGUCUCCGGGAGGUCCUGGAGCCUCCGGAGCAUCCGGAGUGCCUGGAGGUUACAAACCCCGCUGA